AUGAGUGGCUCUGCCUACUUUCGGAGCAUUGCGCAGUGUUCCCAGGCGGUCGGGUUCAUGGUGGGCUGGGGACAACGCAAAAGCCCUGGGCUCAUGGCGCAGGAUGCCAGUGAGCGAAAGGCCGCGAGUGACCACGGCCGCCGGCCCGUGGCGCUCUUCACUCAGCCUGCUCUUGGCCCCAUCUGCGCUCCACUGCUGACUGGACGCCCCAAAGGCCCCACGGCCAAUCCAACGUCGCCGUGGCCAGAGCAAACUCUGAUCAUCUGUUCGCUUCAUGGGUUAUUCUGGGCGGCUGAUCGAGAUGAAACAUCGACGGCCCAGCAGUCUGGUCGCGGUCCUGCCGUGUCGACUCGAAUCCCAUUUGAGAGUGGUGUCGUGCCAAUCCAUGCCGGCCAAAGCAGUGGGCCACGGCCGCGCGGGCAACAGAGUGCAAACUCCGGUGCAAGGAAUGCGAGGCCCAGCGUGGACCAGCACCCAUUCGCAAAGGAUGGGAGCCUGGGCACUGGGGCAAAGCAUCCCUCCCUGACAUCUCGGAGAUAUAGGGUACCCUCGUUUGGGAAUGGCUCGCUGCUGCAGCUUGCCAAUGCUACCGUGGUGCUAGAAAACGGUCAUGCCAAACAACCCGACCAGUUCCCCAGCCCACUCUACCCUGUAUCGAGCAAUAGCGUUUCUCCUCUGUCCACUGUACUUCUACUGCCCACCCUCUUCAAUGCUCGUCGCCAUUUGACCGCCAUCUCCUAUCCCUGUGUCUAUCCACAUACCGUGUCAUUCACCGUCAUCUCUCUUCCGCAUCAAUCCACCAAGCAGCGCGAUUUGCUCUCCAUCUUAUUGCUCGACCCAAAGUGCGGGGCCAUCACUUUCACCGUGCGCCAGCAGCAGACAAUACACAGGCAGCAGAGGGUACCUGUUGACCAAAUCCGCGAACCCGGCCUUUCCACACAGAUCGCUCAACAGCCGACGACAAGUCAGCAUCCUCGCCGACGCAGCCACGAUCGAGAACCCGUCGACGCCACAUCAUUUUUUUCUGGCGAACUGCAGAAGAACCCUCGCAGCGACAACAGUGUCCACCACACCGCCUACGUCGCAGCUAGACCCAAGGAUCGACCGGGUCAUUUUCCGUACCUGUCUGUGCUUGAGAUUCGAGAUCUGUGGAGACGGCGGGAAGAAGCCAAGCUCCAAAGCUGUCCCAUCGGUGUAGAGCAAGCAAGCGUACUUCACGAAGCCAAAUUGCUGGAUAAAUUCCGCAUUACUGUGCCGAACUGCAACAGCCGCACCCCUCCAAGGCCGCCGAGUAUCAGCAUCUACGGAUUGGCAGCCAUCAGCAGCUCGCAGCGGCAACUAAUCGAGGAUCGCGCCCCUGUGCCGGCUAAACGCUCAGAUUACCUUGAAGCGAACCAACAACGUUUCUAG